UUUUCGUUCCCCUGUAUCCCAUAUGAUGGUUGAGUCCGGCUUUCCGUUAGAUACAGGCGUCUUCUAUUCCCGCUGUUACAGCAUCCUAGUACACAUCCUGUCUCUCUUCAGAUCAAGAAAAUCUGUUCGGGUACCCGCUCAACAAUUUCGUAUCUCUGUAUAAUUUCUUGAUGAUAUGAGAGCCAAUAUAGGCGAAACCCAGCAGCAUAGGCGUCACAUCGUUUUGCCAAAGCUGGAUCUCUAUGCAUUUUUUUGAUCGUUGAACAAGACCUAAGAAACCGGUGGCUGUGUGGAAUAACAACGAACAUGACUGCAAUGGGGACAUUUAAGCAUAUCCUGCUUAUUUUCGCAGGUCUAAUUACCGCAGCCAACAGUCAAACUUGUGGUGGUGUGGUUCAAGGUCUAAAUGGCACCAUUGAGAGUCCCGGCUUCCCCCAUGGCUACCCAAACUAUGCUAACUGCACCUGGCUGGUCAUCGCAGGAGAGAGGAACAGGAUACAGCUCUCCUUCCACACCUUUGCUCUGGAGGAAGACUUUGACAUAGUCUCUGUCUAUGAUGGACAGCCGCUGCCUGGCAACUUGAAGAUGAGGUUGUCAGGGUUCAUGUUGCCGUCUCCCAUCGUCAGUACAGGAUCUGUCCUGGCACUCUGGUUCACCACAGACUUUGCUGUGAGCGCCCAGGGCUUCAAAGCCAUCUAUGAAGUGCUCCCGAGCCACACAUGUGGGAACCCAGGGUUGAUCCCUAAUGGGGUGAUCCAGGGAUCCAGGUACAACAUUGGGGACAAGAUUCGCUAUAGCUGUGACUUGAGUUUCCUGCUCGAGGGCCACGCUGUGCUCACAUGCCUCGUCAGCCCCGGAACUGGGGCAUCCUGGGACUUUCCAGCACCCUUCUGUCGAGCCGAGGGCUCGUGUGGUGGGACUCUAAGAGGGACAACUGGGACCAUAUCCACCCCCCACUAUCCCGCAGAGUACGAGAACAAUGCUGACUGUACUUGGAGUGUCCUGGCGGAACCUGGAGACACCAUCGCCCUGGUAUUUUCAGACUUCCAGCUGGAGGACCGAUACGACUUCCUUGAAAUCAGUGGAACUGAAGCCCCCUCCAUAUGGCUGACAGGCAUGCAUUUGCCAUCCCCUGUCAUCAGCAGUAAGAACUGGCUACGGCUGCACUUCACCUCAGACAGCAACCACCGCAGGAAAGGCUUCAGCGCCCAAUACCAAGUGAAGAAGGCCAUCGAGCUCAAGUCCAGAGGGGUGAAAAUGCUUCCAAGCAAAGAUACAAACCAUAAGAACGCAGUGUUGAGCCAAUCAGGGCUGGCUGGGGAUGUGUGUCCUGACCCGGGGAUUCCAGAAAACGGCAGGAGGAUGGGUUCCGACUUCCAGGUUGGAGCCAGUAUCCAGUUCUCCUGUGAUGACAGUUAUGUGCUGCAGGGGUCGAAGAGCAUUACCUGCCAGAGGGUGACCGAGACACUAGCAGCCUGGAGCGACCAUAGACCCAUUUGCCGUACAAGAACCUGUGGUUCUAACCUACGGGGACCGAGGGGAUUCAUCACAUCUCCUAACUACCCAGUCCAGUAUGAGAACAAUGCACACUGUGUCUGGGUCAUCACCGCACUGGACUCUGGGAAGGUGAUCAAGCUGUUAUUCGAAGAGUUUGACCUGGAGAGAGGAUAUGACACACUGACUGUGGGUGACGGAGGGAAAAUUGGUGACGCCAGGAGAGUUCUCUAUGUUCUGACAGGUUCCAGUGUUCCUGAUCUGAUUGUCAGUAUGACAAAUCAGAUGUGGCUUCAUCUGCAGUCUGACGACACCAUUGGCUCCCAGGGAUUUAAGGCCAUGUAUGAAGAGAUAGAACGCGGGAGUUGUGGAGACCCGGGAGUGCCUGCUUACGGAAAAAGAACUGGGGUCAGGUUUCUCCAUGGCGAUACAUUGACGUUUGAGUGCCAAGCGGCCUUCGAGUUGGUGGGGGAGAGGAGCAUCUCCUGCCAGCAGAACAACCAGUGGUCCGGCAACAAGCCCUCCUGCGUCUUUUCCUGCUUCUUCAACUUCACGGCCCCGUCAGGCACCAUCCUUUCCCCGAACUACCCAGAAGAGUAUGGCAACAACAUGAACUGUGUGUGGCUCAUCAUCUCGGAGCCGAGCAGCAGGAUCCACCUGCUCUUCAGCGACUUUGAGCUGGAACCACAGUUUGACUACCUGAUCGUCAAGGAUGACGGGUUGACAGAGACCACCACCUUUGGGACAUUCUCUGGUAAAGACGUCCCAUCUCAGAUUGCCAGUAAUGGACACAUCAUGAGGCUGGAGUUUCAGUCGGACCACUCCAAUACUGGAAAGGGAUUUAACAUCACGUAUACAACAUUUGGUCAGAAUGAGUGCCACGACCCUGGCAUCCCAGUGAACGGGCAACGUGUCGGUGAGCAUUUCCUUCUGGGAAGCUCAGUGGUUUUCAGCUGUGACGAGGGCUUCAUCAAGACGCAGGGCUCUGAGGUCAUCACCUGUAUCAUCCAGGAUGGCAACGUGGUAUGGAGCGCUACCGUGCCCCGCUGUGAAGCUCCCUGUGGAGGCCACCUAACAGCUCCUACAGGUGUUCUACUGUCUCCUGGCUGGCCUGGCUACUACAAAGACUCCCUAAGCUGUGAGUGGGUGAUUGAGGCCAGGAGAAACCACGCCGUGAAGAUCUCUUUCGACCGGUUCCAGACAGAGGUCAAUUAUGACACGUUGGAGAUAAGGGACGGCCCCUCCAACUCCUCCCCUCUGAUUGGUGAAUAUCAUGGCACGCAGGCCCCCUACUUCCUGAUCAGCACCUCCAACUACAUGUACCUCUUGUUUACCUCCGACAACAGCCGCGCCAGCCUUGGAUUUCAGAUACGCUACGAAAGUGUGAUGAUGGAAACAGAUUCAUGUUUGGACCCAGGGAUCCCCGUGAACGGGAAACGUCAUGGCAACAGUUUUGUGAUUGGCUCGAGGGUGUCCUUCAGCUGUGAUCCAGGCUACACCCUAAGUGAUGACGAGCCAAUUGUCUGUGAGAGGAACCAUCAGUGGAACCACGCUCUUCCCAGCUGUGAUGCAUUAUGUGGAGGCUACAUCUAUGGUAAAACAGGAACCAUCCUGUCUCCUGGCUUCCCUGACUUCUACCCCAACUCCCUGAACUGCACCUGGACCAUAGAGGUGUCCCAUGGAAAAGGUGUCCAGAUGGUGUUCCACACAUUCCACUUGGAGGAGAACCAUGACUACCUUCUGAUCACAGAGGACGGAAGCUUUACAGAACCGGUGUCCAGGCUCACUGGCUCCAUCCUGCCUCCCUCUGUCAAGGCUGGUCUCUACGGCAACUUCAGUGCUCAACUGCGCUUCAUCUCAGACUUCUCCAUGUCCUAUGAGGGCUUCAACAUCACCUUCUCAGAGUACAUUCUGGAGCCAUGUGAGGACCCUGGCGUGCCUGCCUACAGUCGAAGGAUGGGUUUCCAGUUUGGGGUGGGAGAUUCUCUUAUCUUCUCCUGUUUCCUUGGUUACCGUUUGGAAGGGGAGCACAAAAUCAACUGCUUGGGGGGUGGACGCAGGGUCUGGAGCGAUGCCCUCCCCAGGUGCGUGGCUGAAUGCGGAGCCAACGCAGUUGGAUUGGAUGGAGUUCUUCUCUCCCCUAACUAUCCCUCUUAUUAUGACAACAACCACGAGUGUAUCUACCGCGUCCAUACAGAACCUGGUAAGGGCAUCACGAUCACCACCAGCAACUUCCUGCUGCAAGAUGGAGACUUCCUUAAGGUGUACGAUGGAGAGGACAGCACAUCCCGUCUCCUUGGUAACUUCACCAGCAACGAGAUGUCCAAUGUGGUCAUCAAUAGUACAUCCAAUCACCUGUGGCUCGAGUUCAACAGCAAUGGCACAGGAACUAAUAAGGGCUUCAGACUCUCCUACACCAGUUUUGACCUGGUCAAGUGCGAGGAGCCAGGAACUCCCAGCUAUGGCUACAAGAUACAAGAUGAUGGACACUUUGCCAACACCUUUGUCCUUUACAGCUGUAAUCCUGGUUACAGUCUCCAUGGUAGCAGUACACUCACUUGUUUGAGUGGGGAGCGCAGGGUUUGGGACAAACCUCUACCAUCUUGUUUAGCGGAGUGUGGAGGCCACAUCACUGGCGCAGUGUCUGGGCGUAUCCUGUCACCUGGUUACCCUGUGCCCUAUGACAACAACCUACACUGCACAUGGACCAUCGAGGCAGACACUGGAAAGACCAUCAGCCUCCAUUUCAUUGUGUUUGACACGGAAGUGGGCCAUGACAUCCUGAAGGUGUGGGACGGUCCAACGGAGGGGGGUAUCCUGCUGAAGGAGUGGAGUGGUUCAGCUCUGCCAGAGGACACUCACAGCACCUUCAAUAUCCUCACCUUGCAGUUUGACAGUGAUUACUUCAUCAGCAAGUCUGGUUUCUCCAUACAAUUCUCUACUACCACGGCAACAACCUGUAACGACCCAGGAACACCCCUGAACGGUAGUCGUUAUGGUGACAGCCGGGAGCCUGGUGACACCAUCAUGUUCCAGUGUGACCCUGGAUACCAGGUGCAGGGCCAGGACAAAAUCUCCUGUGUCCAGCUCAACAAUCGCUUCUACUGGCAGCCUGACCCCCCCACCUGCAUUGCUACCUGUGGAGGUAACGUGACAGGUCCCUCAGGUGUAAUUCUAUCACCCAACUACCCCCAGCCAUACCCACCAGGGAAGGAGUGUGACUGGAACAUCAAAGUCAAUCCUGACUUUGUUAUUGCCCUAAUUUUCAAAAGCUUCAACAUGGAGCCCAGCUAUGACUUUCUCCACAUCUACGAGGGCGAGGACUCCAACGGGGCCCUGUUGGCCAGUCUCCAGGGUAACCAGGCGCCAGAUCGCCUAGAGAGUAGUGGAAGCAGUUUGUUCUUGGCCUUCAGGAGCGAUGCCUCCCUGGGCAUGUCUGGCUUCGCCAUCCACUUCAGAGAGAAGCCCAGAGAGGCAUGCUUCGACCCGGGCAGCAUUAUGAAUGGGAGCAGAGUGGGCCAAGACUAUAAACUUGGAUCCACAGUCACGUACCAUUGUAACUCUGGAUACACCAGUGUGGGUCCAGCAACUGUCUCUUGCGUGAUGGGCAUGGAUGGGAAGCCUGUAUGGGACAAGGCUCUGCCCACCUGUAAAGCUCCUUGUGGAGGACAUUACACAGGCUCUGAGGGUGUGGUCCUGUCUCCUAACUACCCCCACAACUACACCAGAGGCCAGACUUGCACCUAUUACAUCACUGUCUCUGCUGAGUUUGUGGUAUUUGGACAGUUUGCCUUCUUCCAGACAGCCAUGAAUGACUCUGUGGAGUUGUUUGACGGGGCCAAUCAGAUCACACGCCUGCUCAGCUCGCUAGCCGGUUCUCACUCAGGGGAGACCUUGCCCCUGGCCACAUCCAACCAGAUUAUGUUGAGAUUCAGCGCCAAGAGUGGUCCAUCUGCGAGAGGCUUCCACUUUGUCUACCAAGCGGUUCCCAGGACCAGCGACACCCAGUGCAGUUCUGUUCCUGAGCCUCGCUAUGGCAGACGGAUCGGUUCGGAGUUCUCCGCUGGGUCAGUGGUCCGGUUUGAAUGCAACCCAGGCUACCUGCUCCAGGGUUCAACUGCCAUCAAGUGCCACGCAGUGCCCAAUGCCCUGGCACAGUGGAAUGACACUGUUCCCACUUGCGUAGUGCCGUGCAGUGGGAACUUGACCGAGAGGAGAGGUACCAUCCUGUCCCCUGGAUACCCAGAGCCAUAUGGGAACAGUCUUAACUGUGUUUGGAGGAUCAUCGUCAGUGAGGGAGCAGGCAUACAGAUCCAGGUGAUGAGCUUUGCUACAGAACACAACUGGGACUCACUGGAGAUCUAUGAUGGAGUGGACAUGACGGCUCCCAAACUAGGAAGUUUCUCAGGUACAACAGCCCCUGCCCUAUUGAACAGCACAUCAAAUCAGCUCUACUUGCACUUCCAAAGUGACAUCAGCGUAGUGGCGGCUGGCUUCCACCUGGAAUAUAAAACGGUGGGUCUGACCACCUGUCCAGAGCCAAUGGUCCCAGCCAAUGGGAUAAAGACAGGAGAUAGGUACAUGGUGAACGAGGUGGUGGCCUUCAGCUGUGAGCCAGGAUACAUACUGCAGGGCCAUUCCCACAUAUCUUGUAUGCCGGGUACAGUUCGCCGUUGGAACUACCCUCCUCCUCUUUGCAUUGCAAAGUGUGGGGGGACCCUUCAUGAUAUGACCAAUGUGAUAUUAAGCCCCGGUUUCCCUGGUAACUAUCCUGGUAAUCUAGACUGUACAUGGAGGAUUAUUCUACCUGUGGGAUAUGGUGCUCAUAUCCAGUUCCUGAACUUCUCGUCGGAAGACAACCACGACUUCCUGGAGGUACGAAAUGGGCCGCAGCACAGCAGCUCCUUAAUUGGUCAGUACAGCGGCAACCAGCUCCCGCCCAGCCUGCUUAGCACCACGCAUGAGACGGUGAUUCACUUCUACAGCGACCACUCAGAGAACAGACCUGGAAUUAAACUGAUCUAUCAGGCCUAUGAGCUCCAGAACUGCCAGGAUCCAUCUCCGUUCCUGAACGGUUACAUUAUCAACAGCGACCACACUGCUGGCCAAUCCAUAGCAUUUGAAUGCUUCCCUGGCUAUGUUCUGAUUGGCCACUCUGUGUUGACUUGCCAACAUGGAACCAAUAGGAAGUGGAACCACCCGUUUCCACGUUGUGAGGCUCCUUGUGGCUACAACAUCACAGCUGAGAAUGGGACCAUCUAUUCUCCUGACUACCCAAACGAGUAUCCCAACUCCCAGGACUGCUCCUGGCUCAUCACUGUACCCCAUGGACAUGGUGUCUACAUCAACUUCACACUGCUGCAGACUGAGCCUGUUACCGACUACAUCGCCGUCUGGGACGGUCCAGAUCCGAGCAGCCCACAACUGGGUGUCUUUAGUGGGAACACGGCCCUGGAGUCUGCCUACAGUUUGUACCACCAGGUACUCAUCAGGUUCCACAGUGACUUCUCAACCAGCGGGUUCUUCAUCCUAAACUUCCACGCCUACCGUCUGAAGAAGUGCCCCCCUCCCCCGGUCGUGGAACAGUCUGAGAUGAUGUACGAGGAUGACGACUAUGAGAUAGGUGACAUCGUCAGGUACCACUGUUUACCAGGAUAUACUUUGGUAGGGAAGAGUGAGCUCACCUGCCAACUCAACUCUCACCUGCAGUUUGAGUCUCCUCCCCCCACAUGUGAAGCUCAGUGCCCAGCUAAUGAGGAGCAUUCAUGGUCCUCUGGGGUGAUCCUGAGUCCAGGGUUUCCCAAAAACUACCCUAACUCCCAGACGUGCUCCUGGCUGCUGCGUGUCCUGCCCUCCUACACGAUACACAUUUACGUGGAGAUGUUUCACAGCGAGAAGCAGUUUGACGAGCUGGAGAUCUUUGAUGGUCCAUCAGGCCAGAACCCCCUACUGGUGGCAUUGAGUGGUAACCACUCCACCCAGUUGAACUUUACCAGUAAGACUAAUCAGCUCUAUUUGCGCUGGUCAACCGACCAUGCCACUAGCAAACGAGGCUUCAAGAUCCGCUACACAGCUCUGUACUGCAGUAUUAAUAACCCUCCGGUAAAUGGGGGUGUUGUUAACCGGACACGCUUGAGACCAGGAAGCAGACUGCAAUACUACUGCAAUCCUGGUUACCGUCUUGUAGGCUUUCGAAAUUCCACUUGUAGACUCAACAGCAAUGGACUGUACAACUGGGACUCUCCACCACCCCUCUGCCAAGCAAUUUCAUGUGGAAUCCCAGAACCUCCCGGCAAUGGUUCUUUCUAUGGUUACCAGUACACUGUCGGUAGCCAGGUAACCUACCAGUGUAACCAUGGCUUCCGCCUGGACCCCAGCAUUGCCAUGACAGCUGUGUGUUUGGAGGAUGGGACCUGGAGCAACGCUGCACAGUCACCACAAUGUCUUCCCAUUCAAUGCCCUAGCAUCGACAGCCUGCUUUCAGAUCACAUGACGUGGAGGCUGCUCUCUGGUUGGCCUACUGAAUUUGGGGCACAGCUUAUGCUAGGCUGUGCCCCAGGCUACUACCUGGGGGGACGGAGGACCAUCCAUUGUCAAGCAAACGGGACGUGGGCAGGGUUUGAGGAGCGCUCCACCUGCAAGAUUAUUUCGUGCGGAGAUCUGCCAUCCCCUCCUUAUGGCACCAAGCUCGGUACACUGACUACAUAUGGUGCCACCGCCAUCUUCAUGUGUAACACAGGAUACACUUUAGUAGGGUCCCAUGUCCGGGAGUGUAGUGUUAAUGGACUUUGGAGCGGCACUGAGACAAAGUGUCUAGCGGGUCACUGUGACUCCCCUGACCCUAUUACCAACGGACACAUCAGUGGGGACGGUUCUAGUUACCGAGAUACUGUGGUCUAUCAGUGCAAUCUGGGUUUCCGCCUCAUUGGGACAUCAGUGCGUAUCUGCCAACAGGACCACCGCUGGUCUGGACAGGCCCCCGUCUGCGUCCCCAUCACCUGUGGCCACCCGGGCAACCCUGCCAACGGGCGGACAAACGGGAGUGAAUUCAAUCUGAACGACAUGGUCAACUUCACCUGCGCUCGCGGCUUCCUGCUUUACGGUGCUUCCAGGGCACAGUGCCGCAUCAACGGACAGUGGAGCAACACAUUGUCAGUCUGCAGAGUGGUAAACUGCUCCGAUCCGGGCUUUGUGGAGAACUCUGUGCGUCAGUCUGGCCAGCCACAGCGCCACCAAGAAAGCUUCAGCUUCGGGAGCUCUGUGGUAUUCCACUGCAAGGCUGGCUUCUACUUGUUGGGCUCGUCACUCCUUACCUGCCUAGCAGAUGCUCGCUGGGACAGAGCCCUGCCCAAGUGCCUUGCCAUUUCCUGUGGCGAUCCUGGGACUCCGCCUAAUGCAGUGAUAUCAGGAAGACAGUUCACACAGGGCUCCCUAGUACAGUACAGCUGUGUCCAAGGGAGGACACUAUUGGGCAAUGCCACACGCUAUUGCCAGGAAGAUGGGCGCUGGAGUGGGACGCCACCUUACUGCACAGGUGGUAGUACAGGUGUGUGUGGUGAUCCCGGCAUCCCUCCCCACGGCUCCAGAUUGGGGGAGGAGUUCCGACUGAAGAGCCUGUUGAGAUUUAACUGUGAGGCAGGCUACACUCUGAUUGGCUCAGCUGAGAGGACUUGCCUUCACAAUGGUUCCUGGAGUGGAACCCAACCAGUGUGUGACGCGGUGUCUUGUGGUAACCCCGGUACCCCGGCUCAUGGUAGGAUUGUGUUCAGCGAUGGCAUGGUGUUCUCCAACUCUGUGGCCUAUGCCUGCUGGGAGGGCUACAAGACCUCCGGACUCACCACCCGACACUGUACCACCAACGGCACCUGGACCGGACACGCCCCCGACUGCACAGUGAUCAGUUGUGGCGACCCUGGUCCUCUGGCAAACGGCAUAUACACAGGAAGUGACUUCUUCUUCAACAGCACAGUGGAGUACCGAUGUAACCCAGGCCAUCUAAUGGAGCCAGCAAAUGGUGCUCUGUUGCUCUGCACCAAGGAGGGCUCCUGGAACCAAACCAAGCCUAGCUGCAGAGUAAUCCAUUGCGGGGCACCUCCUGCUGUGCACCAUGGAAGGGUGGAGGGUUCUGAUCACACCUGGGGCUCCAGUGUGUCCUACAGUUGCUCCGAAGGCUACCAGCUGUCCAUCCCAGGAGUCCUGGCCUGCGAGGGCAAUGGCACCUGGCGCGGAGAGAUCCCCCAGUGUCUACCGGUGCUGUGUGGAGACCCAGGGACACCUGCGGAGGGCUACUCUGAGGGGAAGCAGUUUACCUACAAGGCAGAAGUCAGAUUCUACUGUCGGGCCCCCUUCCUCCUGGUGGGCUCUGCCCUCCGACUUUGCCAAGCGGACAGCACCUGGAGUGGCAUACAGCCGUCCUGCAUAGACCCUGCUUACAACACUUGUCGAGAUCCCGGAACUCUUGUUAACGGCAUGCCUGUCCUAGCUCAAGGCUUUGAGGUUAGGAGUAAGAUCUCCUUCAGGUGUCGUAAGAACUACCACAUCCUGGGUUCUACCACUAGAACCUGUCUGGAGAACCUGACCUGGAGCGGAACUCAGCCAGAAUGCAUUGCCCAUGCAUGCAGACAGCCAGAGACUCCCUCUAAUGUAGAUGUACGUGCCAUAGAUCUUCCCACGCUGGGUUAUACCCUCAUCUACACCUGUCAAGAGGGUUUGUACCUGGCGGGGGGAUCUGAACACAGGACCUGCCGGCCAGAUGGGAGGUGGUCGGGCAAAUCCCCAAUCUGCAAAGUCGGUCCCAAAAGAAAUGGCAAAGCUAAGGCAGGGGAGUCGGAUGUGCAAAAAAACAAGAUCAGAGUUCCAGUUGAUGUGUUUUCCUCCAACUCUGACUGGAGUGGUUUCUACGAGUUCCUCGGGAAGAGACAAGUUACCACAGUAACAGUGAAUGGCUUCAAUGCUACAACGGGUAGGGUAAACGUCACCCUGUUAGAGCAGAGCGGUGUCCAAAUCAAACUGGCAGGCACCUAUAAGAAGGAGGAGAAUCAUCUUCUGUUGAAGGUCUACCAGAUCACAGGGCCAACCGAACACUACUUCAGUAAAUUCAAGAAUGACAACUGGGCAAUGGAUGGAUAUGUAACAGCAGAAUCUGACAAGAAGACCUUUGUUUAUCAAGGCCACAUUCACAACAAAGACUUUGGGAAGUUUUUCUUAACCAGACAAGGGCCCACCACAACAGCUCCAGACCCGGGCAACCCCUACACCAACAGCAGUUCAGUGGCAGCUGCCAUCUUGGUUCCCUUCUUUGCUCUGAUCCUAUCAGGAUUUGCCUUUUACCUCUACAAGCACAGAACUAGACCCAAGGUCCAGUACAAUGGCUACGCGGGCCAUGAAAGCACCAAUGGACAAGCCUCAUUUGAGAACCCAAUGUACGACACCAACAUGAAGCCCACAGAAGCCAAAGCUGUGAGGUUUGACACCACACUGAACACAGUCUGCACUGUCGUAUAGCUCUCCAUUUCUGACUCCACAUGGAUCAUUCUAAUAUCAGAUCCACAGCAAGACUUCCAUGCAGUGUACCUACAGCAAACCCUCCCUACAAUGGACUGAAAAUAUACCCGGUCCAGUGCAAGUCUUCACUCCAGUGGACUAGUCCAAUAUCUGGUCCACAGCAAGACUUCCCUGCAAUGCCUGUCUUAUCAACCUUUACAAUACCUGUAUAUUCCAAGGAAAAUUUAUAUUUAGCUUGGUGGAAAGGUCAUUAACAAGACCUUCCCUGUACUGGAAAGAUACACAAAUGUAUCACUAGAUACUGGCAAGAUACUGGUCUAUAGACUGCUUAUUGACUGGUCUGUCACCAGAUAGACACAUUCAAGCCUCUUGGUUCUAAGUGAGCCUACAGACACCCCUGGUUCUGCACCUGGUACUAGACCUGUUACUGAGCUAGCCCACACACAGCUAGACUCAUGCUUCAGAUAUCUGGUUCUGGGCCAGCCUAUGGCUAGACCUGAGGGGGUAGGUUUGUUUUCUCUAGGUGCCAGUUUUCUUUUAACUGUUCCUCUCUCUUAAACAAGUGGAGAAGAUGGAACAUACACCAUUAAAUCACCAACUCUGAUGACUCAACAAUACAACUAACAGUAUUGGUGUUGGGUAGACCAGAGAUCAUAUCUAUAGCUGGGAAAUACAGGACAGCAGAUCUUUUCUUCUCUGGAUCAAGGACUCCUGCCUUUCAUGGCUGCCCUGGAGAUACAAUGUUUUCACUCGCCUAUUUCUUUCCCUUUUUUCUUUCCUCCCAAAGUCCCUUCCUGGGGAACUAUUGACGUGUCUUGCAAAGCCACAUAAUUGUUGAUACAAGUAUUUUCUUCAGUGAAGAUGAACCCUAGAGGAGAGCCCUCUCUCCUGUCCAGAGAAGAUAUGCCACAGCUGCACCAUGCUGCAGGGGGACUCUGGCUGGCUCCACGAGCUGGAGUUGGAAUCUCCCCAGCUGCUGUGCUAACAAAUUACUUUAUUGCACAAAUGUUGCACUAUUGUGUAUGAAUGGAUAUGAAACUUAGCAUCAAAAGAGGAAUUUUCUAUCUGAAAAGUGUCUGAGAAGAUGACAUACAGGGUUUUGAUCAUGUGUACAUAGACAUGUUAAAUCCAUCUCAUAAGGAGAGUGUUCUCAUGUCAAUCGUUGAUUAUUGCAGAGGCUGACUGACCUUUGUUUAUGUGUUGCUGAUGCUGAUACUAGGGACUACGCCUCUUACUAUCAGAUACGUGACAGAAGCCACACAGCUUCUAGUGAUCACAUACAUUCCAUAUGAGAUUUGAAGAUCAGGUGGUUCACAUCUGUCACCUAAUCUCCAUGAAGCGUGAUGCUGUUCCAGAACAGUGAUACCCUUGACGUUUCUGCUCUGACUGAUCUGCAGUGAAAAGUCAGUGACAGUGGAAAUACAGAUGACUGUGACUGUAGUCUGUAUCUGACAAUGACAGUGUGAAUCACAUCAGAUGUGAGUUGUUUGUGUUGGCCAUUGUAGCCAGUUUCAUGUUGCCACAGGCCCACACCAUGUUUUGCAUCAGUAAACCAUUAAAAAAGUUCACAGUUCUCCCAUCUGGCUCAUGUUUCAAAAAUACCUCUAAUGCAGAACGACAUUCUUUUCUAUGAUGCUGGAGCUAAUUAAAUGUUUAUUUUUCAUAAAUGCUGCUCUUGCUUUAAAUCAGUUUUAAUCCACAAGUGUUAGUUUAUUUUAUUUGUGCCAUACAAUUUUGUCAUGUCUCAUCUCACACUGACUCACAUAGCAACAAUUCCUUGGCAACCAUGACUAUAGAGAUGGCUUCAGGAAAUUCAUAGGUGUGGCCUCAUUAAUAAUCACUUUCCCUAAACCUUAUGUUUUUUCUGAUUGGCCCCUCCUACCCAAAUGGUCAAGGAUGAUUAAAUUAAGAUAGAGAACAGUUGACUUAGCUCCACUCUGAGAGACACUGCCUUAUCUAAUACCAAGCAUGAUUAAACUAUCAACUAUGAUAUUACAACUCUAUUGUGCUUGAGAGUGUAGGGCUACUUGAAUGCAUCUACUGAACAGUACACUGUGAUUCCAAAGUCAUGGGUUAGUUCAGUGUAUUUCCUAAUCAUUUUGUUAAUGCAUGUAUCCCAUCUUAUUUAGAACAGUACAGUAGUUCUAUCCAUACAGAAGAACUACCUUAGCUUAGUUGUCAGAUACCUGUCUCUGUUAUGCACUUGCUUUGAGAUUAAUGUGUUGAUGACUAAACUGUGUGAUAUUGUUCUGGGAGACGUUCCUUAUCAUAUUAGUUGUGUGUACCUGUCCAUUGUAUCACUACAAGAUGUGUGUGUGUGUGUGUGUGUGUGUGUGAGAGAGAGAAACAGAAAGCAUUUGUAUGUCCUCAAAUUUUAUACAAAAUGAAACUAUUUUGUAUUUUACAUACUUGUUGUUGACUGCACACCUAUGUACUGCCCUGCAGUGUCAAUCCUUUUAGGAAGUAAAUAUAUAGAUGAGUCCAGCUCCUCUCCCCCCCCCCCCCCCCCCCACACACACACACCACUCCCAGAAUUUGUCACAAAAGUCCCCUGCGUACCAUCCCAUCCUGCCUUCUGUUGGGCUUGCUGCAAUAACAUCUCUAUAUCAGACCCUGUUAUAAAGAGCUGUAUAACUGCAUCCAACAUCACCAUUACCAUAUCAUGUGCUGCUGACUUGAAGUAGGUGCAAAAUAACAUGUUUUUGUACAGAAAUAUAUUUUUUAUGAAGAUUUGUAACAUUAUUAAAUAUGCUGUACUUUUUGAUUAAUGUAGGUACAAAACUAGUUAAAAUACAUGUUUUUACUAAAUUAUCGUCUGAGUAUGAAUAUAAAAUGUAUAUUGUCGAAGGUUUAAACAUUGUUUGCACAUGUGGAUAUAUACAAGCUGUUAUUUGAAGACACCGCUGGUAUAUAUUUGUUAAUGUGAGAGAAUAUAAACCUUAGAGACAUUGUACACACAGAUUGUUCUAUGACACACGUUCUAUGACAUAUUUUGAAAACAUUAUUUGAGAAUAAAGUUUUUUACAUAAUAACCCAUUUACUUAUUUGCUCUUGUCAACUUUUAGUACAACAAAGUUUAAGACUUUUAAUUCUGUAAUUAAUACAUGGUUGCACAACAAGGACAUCGAUUUCCUAUCAUUAGAACACUACUCAUACUAGAAAUGUGAUUCUUACAUGCUCUUCUGAAGACACCUCAGGUUAUAGGAGUGUCAACCAAAUGGACAUUUUAACAAAGACACUUCCCAACUAAAUGUAUUUAAUUUUAUGUUUAAGAAAUAUUCCUGUCUUCAUUUUA